AUGGCGCUCCUCCUCAAAGACUUAGUUAUGUGGGUUAACGGGAUAGAAAUUUAUCUUGUUCUGUUUCCUCCCAGAGAACCAAAUGAUUAUCACAAGAAUAUUUCACAGCAAAAAACACAGCAGCCUACCUCACAAGGAGCUUAUCAAAUUACAGCUCUUCAAGAGCUCAUUAAGCAAAUUAAGAAGGAAACAGAAGCACUUCAAAAGGAACAGGAGACUGUGAGACAGAAGCUAGGUGCACAGACGUUUCGCAUUGCAUUGUAUGGUCAGCCAAGUCCCACUCAAUCUGAGGCCACAUUAACUCAACCCAUUGCAAAAUGGGCAGUAACAGGGAAGAAUACUGUAUCAGACUCAGGCAAUAGCCCAACUACAGCAGCAUGUGCUUCAAACUCCACACUCACUGGGCAGAGGAAAGCCAACCUAAAUCCUCUGGAGCGGCCUCCUUCCAGCCACGUGAAUGCAAAUCUUCUCUCAAAGCCCAAAAAUCAGAGCUUGAAAGGACUAAAGGUGGACGAUGCCGCCCAGGUUCUGUCUAAUCGUGCUGUGGCCACAACAGGAAUCUCAAAUGGACAAGGAGAAAUCAAAAUGACUAUUCGAUCAGGGGUAGGACUGCCAUGUAUGGAAGAAUGUGACAGAAUUGUCUCUCAAGAAAAACACAACGAAAGACAUGAAGGGGAUGUUGACUUGUCAAGGAUGAAGUCUGAAGUUGAAGAUCAUUCCAAAGAUUCUGCCUAUGAUGGCGAAAACUUACUUGGUGGAUCUUUUCAACAACCAUUUGAUGCAGAGCCUAUGACGCUACCAUUUUGUUUAAAAAUAGCGGAAGAAGAUGCUGCUGAUUUUGUGAAUGAAUCAGACGUUAGCUCCCUGUUCCAACAGCAACAAGCACUGCCACUCUCGAAGCCCGCUGGCAAACACAGUGACCUCUGCUCCACACCAGAUAACAGUCAACUGGAGAUCCUGAAGACCUUGCUAAAACUAACGACUAAAGAAAGGGACAAUUAUAAAACACAAAAUGACACUUUAUUGCGAAGAAUACAAGGUUUAGAGAAGCAGCUUAUUGAACUUACUCGGAACAAUAUUAAGAAGGAUCUUUGUCACAAGUGGACACAGUCUGACUUUGAAUUAAUUAGCAACAACACAGCCACUUCAAGUGAAAUUUGUUAGCAAACAAAUUGUAAAUGUUUGAGGCGUUUUUGUGUUGCCUGCUGAGUUUUCAUAAGUGCAAAUAUUUAUUUGUCAAAAACAGAAUCGGUAAUUUAAUUUAUUUACUUUUUAAAGAAAAAGGACCAAUUUCCUGUUUGAAUGAGAUGAGGACAGAGGAGGCAAAUUUCUCCUGUUCAUUAUUUCUGACCAUCGCAACAGAGAGAAGCUUGUUUACAAUUGCAGUGUAUAGAUGAAAUAAUGAAGAGCAGAAACCUUCCGCUGUAAAGGGA